GUGCUUUUUUGAUAAUACAUCUUUUAAAUUGAAAAAUUGUGGUAUUCACAGUAUUGAUAAAGUAUAGACAUUACGUACACAUUCAGUAAUAACAUGAAGAUGAAGGUGAAGUCAUCUUUCUUUUUCCUCUUGUCUGUGUUUCUCUCUGUACAGGCAUUAAAGAGCCCAAUUGUAAUAGUUCCUGGCCUUCUUGGGAGUCAAUUGGAGGCUAAGCUAGACAAGGAUUCCUCUCCAAAUUUCUUGUGCAGCAAAAAGAGUGACUGGUUCAUUCUUUGGGUUGAACUUGAGUCAGCCAUCCCUGGGGUUGAUGAAUGCUUUGUGGACAAUGUCAAGCUAAGGUAUGAUGAGAAUACAAAAGAGUAUUACAAUGCUUCUGGUGUUGAAGUGAGGGUUCCUGGUUUUGGAGGUACUGAUACUAUUGAGUAUCUCGAUAAGUCCUAUGCUGCUUCGUAUUUCAAUACUUUUGUGAAAUAUUUUGAAAGAAUGGGAUACAAGAAGGGACGGGAUUUAAACGGUGCCCCUUAUGAUUGGCGCUUUGCACCAGAUGGACUAUCAAAGCUUGGCUACUAUGAUGCCCUGCAUCAGCUAAUAGAAGAUUCCUAUAACAGGAAUGGACACACUCCAGUCACUCUCAUCGGUCACAGUCUAGGAGGACCAACUUCACUUUACUUCUUAAUCAAUUAUGCUUCUCCUGAUUGGAAAGCUUCUCGCAUUAAGCAGUUCAUUUCUCUCUCUGGAGCCUUUGGAGGAAGUGUUAAGAUAUUUCUUGGUUUGAUUUCAGGUGAAAAACGAUUCACUUCAACUGGAAGAUCUUUAGUUACACGCUAUGCAACUCGGACCUUCCCAAGUUAUCCUUUUCUGCUACCCUCGUAUCAGCUGUGGAAAUCAGAUGAGGUCUUAGUGACACAGCCUAAGAGAAACUACACUGUGCACGAUUAUGAAGAUCUCUUUACUGAUAUCAAGGAUCCUAAUGGAACUCGCAUGUAUAACGAAGUCAGAAACCUCGUCUCUAGUUUUCCUCCUCCUAAUGUCACUCAUUAUUGUUUUUACGGGACUGACGUUCAAACUGUUGCUCAGAUAAUCUAUGACUCAUUCCCAGACCAACUGCCCUCAAAAAUUUCACACGGGAACGGGGAUGGGACGGUGAAUACUCGUUCUCUUGAGUCCUGUGGUCUGUGGAAGGACAAGCAAGUCUUUCCUGUUGUGAUGAAGUCGUUUUCCAAUGUGACUCACGGGGAGAUGGUCACUGAUAAAAAUGUGCUUGCAGAGAUUGAAAAAUUGCUAUAAUUAUCAUAAUUUUAUGAAUAUAAUUUAGCUGUUGUGUGCUUGCUUAUUGAAUUACAUUCAUAAUACUUGA